CGAGCUGUCGGUGCCAGCUGAACUCUUCCCAAGUGUCCUGCGCGUCGGCUACCCUCUGCGAGUGGGCUCUCUAGGUGCCGGCGGGCUUUGGGCGCGGGAAGAACGCUGAAGAGACCGGAUUCAUCCUAUCGGCUGCAGGACGGAUCUCUGCCAGGGGUCGCCAAGCGUGGCGGGAGGCGCUGUGCCCGAGAAAGGGCGGGUAAGUGCGGCGCUGCCGAGUCCCGCGCGACACUCGUGUGACUGCCAAACUGGGAGCCGGCUAGGCUCCGAGACGUGACCAGUUGUCCGGAGGCAAAGUUCCUUCCUCUUAGGCAACCUGAGCAGCUCUCCUUCUCCCGGGGCCAGCCCCAAGGCCCCGCUAUGGACAGCGAAAGCGAGGUGGAUUUUUCCAGCAACGGCGUCACCCCUUUGUGGCGGAGACGGUCCACCCCUCCUCUCCAGCUGCUCGGCCGGAGCAAGCCGAGGCCACAAUCCUACCAGAGCCCCAGCGGGCUGCUGAUUACCGACUUCCCCGUGGAAGAACUGGCCGCUCUGCCGGCGCCUCAGAUUCCCGCCCGAGUGCCCGCCGCCCCGGACGACAGGACGGUGUCCAGGAGCCCCCAGCUUCUGUGCGCCCACCGGAGGCCGGUGACCAAUGGCCGCACGGUGUCCCCGGACUAUAGAGCUGCUUCUCCUCGACUUCGACGGCCCAAGUCACCCCUAGUUCUCCACGCGGCGUCGGGAGGCUCCCCGAAGUCCCCUGCUAAUGCCACGGUGGCCUCGCCUACGGUGCUGUUGUCCUAUGCCUCCCGGACUCCCGACCCUCCUGCCUCGUACGACCCGGAGGAGGACCGCACCGGGAUAACUGCCAGUAAGGUACCUUCGCCCAUUGCCAAUGGCCUUGUCCCGAAAAGCGACUCACCUGGCUCCCCUUCUCAAACUGGUCAGAUGGCUGGGGACUUGGAACCGGGCUCCUCGAGACUCUCCCCUGCUCCCCAACCCAGGUCUUCAGAACACAAACUGCCGCUCCAAAGGCUGUCCUCCCAAGGGAAUGAGCUCCAGAACCCUCCCGUAGUUUUGAGUACCAACAGCCCGGCUGCCCUCAAGAUGGGAAAGCAGCAGAUUAUCCCGAAAAGCCUUGCCUCGGAAAUUAAGCUGAGUAAAUCCAACAGUCAAAACGUAGAGCCCCACAGGAGACUCCUCAAGGUGCGCAGCAUGGUGGAGGGACUGGGAGCACCCUUGGGCCACGAAGGGGACGAAGGGGACGUCGACAACGACAUGGACAGCCCGGGCUCCCUUCGGCGAGGCUUGCGGUCCACGUCUUACCGGAGGGCAGUGGUCAGCGGGUUUGAUUUUGACAGCCCUACCAGCUCAAAGAAGAAGAACAGGAUGUCCCAGCCUGUUCUGAAGGCAGUCAUGGAAGACAAGGAGAAGUUCUCUAGCCUGGGAAGGAUAAAGAAAAAAAUGCUGAAAGGACAAGGAACAUUUGAUGGGGAAGAAAAUGCAGUCCUGUAUCAAAACUACAAAGAAAAGGCCCUUGACAUCGACUCUGAUGAAGAGUCAGAGCCCAAAGAACAGAAGCCAGAGGAGAAGAUCGUGAUUCACCAUAAGCCACUGAGGUCCACGUGGAGCCAGCUCUCUGCGGUGAAGAGAAAUGGGUUAUCUCAUGCAGUGAGCCAGGAGGAAAGAAAGAGACAAGAGGCCAUCUUUGAAGUCAUAUCCUCUGAGCACUCCUACUUACUCAGCCUGGAGAUCUUGAUUCGGAUGUUUAAAGAAUCUAAAGAGCUGAGCGAUACAAUGACGAAAACAGAGAGGCACCACCUCUUCUCCAACAUCACAGACGUCUGCGAGGCCAGCAAAAAAUUCUUUACAGAGUUAGAAGCAAGACAUCAGAAUAACAUCUUCAUAGACGAUAUAAGUGACAUCGUAGAAAAGCACACGGCGUCCACAUUUGACCCCUAUGUGAAAUACUGCACCAAUGAAGUCUACCAACAGAGGACGCUGCAGAAGUUGCUAGCCACCAACCCCUCCUUUAAGGAAGUAUUGUCACGAAUUGAGUCGCAUGAAGACUGCAGGAACUUACCCAUGAUCUCUUUCCUCAUUCUCCCCAUGCAGAGGGUGACUCGCCUUCCCCUGCUGAUGGAUACUAUAUGUCAAAAAACACCUAAAGACUCUCCAAAGUAUGAAGUCUGCAAAAGGGCCUUGAAGGAAGUGAGCAAGUUGGUUCGGCUGUGCAACGAGGGAGCACGGAAGAUGGAAAGGACGGAGAUGAUGUACACGAUUAACUCCCAGCUGGAAUUUAAAAUUAAGCCUUUUCCCCUCGUCUCCUCUUCCCGGUGGUUGGUGAAAAGAGGGGAGUUAAUAGCCUACGUGGAAGACACGGUGCUGUUCUCAAAGAGGAUGUCCAAACAGCAAGUCUACUUCUUCCUCUUCAACGACGUGCUCAUCAUCACUAAGAAGAAAAGUGAAGAGAGUUACAACGUCACUGAUUAUUCCUUAAGGGAUCAGCUGCUGGUGGAAUCCUGUGACAACGAGGAGCUUAAUUCUUCCCCAGGGAAGACUACCUCCACAAUGCUUUACUCAAGACAGAGCUCAGCCACGCACCUCUUCACUCUGACGGUCCUCAGCAACCAUGCCAAUGAGAAGGUGGACAUGCUGCUCGGGGCUGAGACCCAGAGUGAGCGAGCUCGCUGGAUCACAGCCCUGGGACACAGCAGUGGGAAGCAGCCACCAGAUCGAACCACACUGACUCAGGUGGAAAUCAUUAGAUCUUUUACUGCCAAACAGCCGGACGAGCUCUCCCUACAGGUGGCCGACGUGGUCCUCAUUUAUCAGCGUGUUGGUGAUGGCUGGUAUGAAGGGGAACGACUUCGAGACGGAGAGAGGGGCUGGUUUCCGAUGGAAUGUGCAAAGGAGAUAACGUGCCAAGCGACUAUUGAUAAGAAUGUGGAGAGGAUGGGGCGUUUGUUAGGACUGGAAACCAACGUGUAACCUCUCAGAUGGCCAGCGGAAUAGGGGCUAGUUUUCCCUUAUCACCGCUUAACUAAAAGGACGGAAACACGUGCCUGUAAGCUUGCCAAGUUGUUCUGUACUCUCGGAAGAACAGCUGCGAGAUGCAGUUGGUCCACAAAGCUGUUUUUGCAUGAUGACACUCCUGAAAACCUCUCUGGGUCCACUGAAGAGUUGGCUUCAGGGAUAGCAAUAGUCCUUGGCUCCAGCCACUUGCGCUGUUAUGUAAGAUGCUGUAUUUUGGCUUCUCUGUUGUUUCACUUAGAGCAUUGCUCUCCUCCUUAAGUUUCUCCUUUGUACGGUCCCACAGCAUCAGCCAGUUUGUCUGGAAGGACUGUUCAUUUUGUAAAUACUUUUGGUGUCUUAGCCUAAUGCUGUUAAUUCUGAAAGGGACUGAUAAGAGUUCAGCAGGUGAGCUGUCAUGUUCUGUAAACUGUAAACCUCUUUCUACGAAAGGGAAAUCGACACUUGAACUUUGCUAUCAUUUUCCUCGUUAGAAGGAAAGUGAGGAGUUGCCCAGUGAGGAUUUGUAAAAAUCCACCUCAUUCAGUAUUGGUCUUGGCUAACUUUAGCUUAAUAAACCUAAGCUACUAAAAUGACCCGGGCUUUACGGUUCCCAUCUGCGAGAACAUCGGAAGACAGGAUAUUAGGGGCCACCUGCUAAAGAGCUGACCUGAGGCUGCUUUUCCUUCAGCAGCACAAGGUUCCUGGCUGUUCUACUUGUUUUCAAGUCCAGAGUGGCUGGAACACACAUUAAGGAAGAGAAAGUUAAGUUUAGACACUAUCAAGAUGCCAACAAGGUACUCACUUGAAAUACUUUGACCUUAACAGGAAUUUAUUGCACUCAAUACCUGACGGCUGGGUUUGGAGUCUCUCUUAGCUGUGAGUUCCUAUAGGACAUUAUUUUUCCACUAGUACAAAGAGACGAGGUAGAAUAGUAGAGUUCAUUGAACAGUAAUGAAGUUUCGAAAGAUAGAAAAAAAUUAUUUUCAUUGGUAGCUAUACCCCCUCUCUAUUCUGUUCACUAAAUAAAAUCUAAAUAUACAUUAUGGAGGGCUCAGAUAUUUGUCCUGUGGCCAUGUUCCUGUCUAAACAGCACCAAACCAUAAGGCUCCAGAAGGCCCGUGUGUAGGUGUGCUUGGCUCAUACCUCGCAACCCAAACCCAGCAGUAAGCCAGAGGAGAGGUCCCAGGGGCUUUCUCACCUUGGAGUUGCUUUCCUUUUGCCUCUACAUGUAUUCCUUGCAAGACAUUCCAGGCCGUGAGUUUUUUGAAAUGUACGUAAGUAUGUGAUUGGAGCAAUAGCAGUGGUCCCCCAGCAAAAGAUGUCCUAAGAGUAUAAAAGAGGAAAUCUCUCUCAUCAGUAAUGUCACAAACUUUUUAGAAGAAAUGCUAACAAAUUACAGUUUAUUCUAAUGGUAUGUUUUACUUAGGACAGAAGGUGUUGCUUGCAACAAGAAUCAUUUUGUAUUAUUUUUGCUAAUACUGAUUUGGAGCUAUAAAGUAACACUACGGAUCCUGUGAAUUAAUUUAUAAGUGUUAAACAGUGUGGAAAUGUGCAUAUCCUUUAAGUCAAGCGGCUGAACCCUGUUAUUAAAGUGUCCCAGUGUAGCCGGUAUUUAACAGUCACAGUGUUCCAUCUCAACUGUGAUUGUGUUUAACACAGCGCUUUUCUUUCAACCUUUCUUUUUUCAAUGCCUUCUUUGAAUUGUACAGUGACUUCAUGCCUACAGUACAGAAAUGUUACUAUUGUUCCAAUAAAUUGAAACUUGUUGUACACUUUCAACAAAGCUUGUGAAUUGAUAAAGAUUUUAUAUAUAUUU